UCCCCCUUCCCUUCCUUUCCUCCGGCCGCGCACCCCCUCCUCCCUCCUCUUCUCCAAUCUUCCCCCACCCGGUUGGUGGGCCCCUCCCGCCGCGACUGGCUGGGAGGCUUGGCCGCCCCCGCCCCGAGAGGGAGGCGGGGGCUCCAGACGCGGCGGUCACCCGAGGCUGCAGUGGGGAACGAGAUCCCAGGCCCCGAGGCGGCCCUUCAUCUGGACCGGGCACGCGGGGGCUGCCUCUGCACCCCCAGCCGGGGCCUGGCCUCGCCGCGGGGUGGAGGAGCCUCUUCGCCCUGAGCCGUCCUGACCACGUGGGGGGGCCCGCCUGCAGCCCUUCAUGUGCGCGCCCGGCUGACCUGCGGGUGGGCCGCGCUGGAGCCUGGGCGCCGCGGGGGCGGCGGGGUCAUGGCCUCGCUGGACCUCCCAUACCGCUGCCCCCGCUGCGGGGAGCACAAGCGCUUCCGCAGCCUGUCGUCGCUGCGGGCGCACCUGGAGUACAGUCACACGUACGAGACGCUCUACAUCCUCUCCAAGACCAACAGCAUCUGCGACGGCGCCGCCGCAGCGGCCGCAGCCGCGGCCGCCUCGGGUUUUCCGCUGUCCCCGGAGCCCGCCGCCCUGCUAGCCGUGCCCGGCGCUCGGCGCGAGGUUUUUGAGAGCACGUCCUUCCAGGGCAAGGAGCAGGUGGCCGGGCCGUCGCCCGCAGCGCCACACCUGCUGCACCACCAUCACCACCACGCGCCCCUCGCCCACUUCCCCGGCGACCUCGUGCCCGCCAGCCUGCCCUGCGACGAACUGGCUGAACCCGGCCUCGUGCCCGCCGCCGCCGCGCGCUACGCGCUGCGUGAGAUCGAGAUUCCGCUGGGGGAGCUGUUCGCCCGCAAGUCCGUGGCCUCGUCGGCUUGUUCGACGCCCCCGCCCGGGCCGGGCCCCGGGCCUGCGUCCGCCUCGCCCGCGUCCCCUUCUCCCGCCGAUGUGGCUUACGAGGAGGGUCUGGCGCGCCUCAAAAUCCGCGCGCUGGAGAAGCUGGAGGUGGACCGGCGGCUGGAGCGGCUGAGCGAGGAGGUGGAGCAGAAGAUCGCUGGCCAGGUGGGCCGGCUGCAGGCUGAGCUGGAGCGCAAGGCGGCCGAACUGGAGACUGCGCGGCAGGAGAGCGCGCGGCUGGGGCGCGAGAAGGAGGAGCUGGAGGAGCGCGCUUCCGAGCUCUCCCGCCAGGUGGACGUGAGUGUAGAGCUCCUGGCCUCCCUCAAGCAGGACCUGGUGCACAAGGAACAGGAGCUGAGCCGAAAGCAACAGGAGGUGGUGCAGAUCGACCAGUUCCUGAAGGAGACGGCAGCUCGGGAGGCCAGCGCCAAGCUGCGGCUGCAGCAGUUCAUCGAGGAGCUCCUUGAGCGGGCCGACCGUGCGGAGCGCCAGCUGCAGGUCAUCAGCAGCAGCUGUGGCAGCACGCCUAGUGCCAGCCUGGGCCACGGAGGUGGGCCCGGCGCCCGGGGCCCAGGCAGGUCGCGAGAAUACCACGCAGGCCCGGCCAUGCCUAGCACAUACGCAGUGUCACGGCAUGGCUCCUCUCCCAGCACAGGGGCCUCCAGCCGCAUUCCAGCUGCAUCCCAGAGCUCAGGCUGCUAUGACAGUGACAGUCUGGAGCUGCCCCGGCCAGAAGAGGGGGCUCCUGAGGACAGUGGCCCUGGGGGCUUGGGCGCAAGCCAAAGGGCUGCCAAUGGUGGCUCAGAGCGGGCCCAGCCCCCUCGCAGCUCAGGCCUGCGACGCCAGGCCAUCCAGAACUGGCAGCGCAGACCCCGCCGACACAGCACAGAGGGGGAGGAGGGUGACGUCUCGGACGUGGGCUCCCGAACCACCGAGUCAGAGGCUGAGGGUCCCUCAGAUGUGCCCCGCCCCGGACCUGCUGUGGCUGGGCCACCGAGCAGCUGCCGGCUCUCAGCCCGCCCUGAGGGAGGCAGCGGGCGCGGAGGUCGGCGAGCUGAGCGGGGCAGCCCCUCUCGUUCCAACGAAGUCAUCAGCCCGGAGAUCCUCAAGAUGCGAGCUGCCCUGUUCUGCAUCUUCACCUACCUGGACACACGCACAUUGCUGCAUGCUGCUGAGGUCUGCCGGGACUGGCGCUUCGUGGCCCGCCACCCCGCUGUCUGGACACGGGUGCUACUUGAGAAUGCCCGCAUCUGUUCUAAGUUCCUGGCAAUGCUGGCCCAGUGGUGCACCCAGGCCCACUCACUAACAUUGCAGAACCUGAAGCCCCGGCAGCGGGGCAAAAAGGAGAGCAAGGAGGAAUAUGCCCGGAGUACCCGGGGCUGCCUGGAAGCAGGGCUGGAGUCCCUGUUGAAGGCGGCAGGGGGGAACCUGCUGAUCCUGCGCAUCUCCCACUGUCCCAACAUUCUCACUGACCGUUCACUCUGGCUGGCCAGCUGCUACUGCCGCGCCCUGCAGGCUGUCACCUACAGGAGCGCAACAGACCCCGUGGGCCAUGAGGUCAUUUGGGCCUUGGGCGCAGGCUGCAGAGAGAUUGUCUCCCUCCAGGUGGCACCACUUCACCCCUGCCAGCAGCCCAUGCGCUUCAGUAACCGCUGCCUGCAGAUGAUCGGUCGCUGUUGGCCCCACCUCCGAGCCCUAGGGGUUGGGGGUGCUGGCUGUGGGGUUCAGGGCCUGGCAUCACUUGCGAGAAACUGCAUGCGGCUGCAGGUCCUAGAGCUGGACCAUGUGUCGGAGAUCACCCAGGAGGUGGCCGCUGAGGUUUGCCGGGAAGGCCUGAAGGGACUGGAAAUGUUGGUGCUCACAGCCACCCCUGUCACCCCCAAGGCCCUGCUGCAUUUCAACAGCAUUUGCCGGAACCUCAAGUCCAUUGUGGUCCAGAUUGGGAUUGCUGAUUAUUUCAAAGAGCCCAACAGUCCUGAGGCCCAGAAGCUGUUCGAGGACAUGGUGACAAAACUCCAGGCCCUACGACGGAGGCCCGGCUUCUCUAAGAUCCUGCACAUCAAGGUGGAAGGCAGCUGCUAACCCGGGUUGGGGGCGGCAGGGCCUCUGCCAGCCCCACACCAGGGCACUCUCUUUGGAUCUCCAGAGGGACCUUGAUUUGGAAUGGACCUUUGGAGGCCUAGUAUUAUUCCUGGCUUCCAGGGAGGGGAGGACAGUCUCCUGUCCACCUCCUGGGACAGUGGAACAACAAGCCUGAUCCUGGGCACUGCCUCUCCAUGGCAGGGGCUCAGACAGAAGCUGCCCUCUAGCCCCUACCCCACCCCCAGUUGGAGCAGCCUUCUGAGCACAGCCAGCGAAGAGCUGAGUCACUACCAGCAGCACCUGGUGUCAUUGUCCCAAGGAUCUGCAAUAACCACCCAGUGGCUCCUCAGCUACUCAGGCUGCAGGGGAGGCUUCCACUUCCUGAGGCCCAGCCUUCCAUUCAGGGGCCUCUGCUAGGCCCCCGACCAGAGGGGGCUCCACAAGGCAGCUCAGAGUUGGAAAGGAGGGCCCUUCUCCUUCCUCUGUCCCACCCCUCUGCAGGGCAACUCCUUCAGACAGCCCGCCUAGGCUUGGGUCCACAUUCUCCAGGGACAACACCCUAGGGGCCCAAAAGUAGGGGGGCAGGGUGCGGUGAGGUAAUGGGAGUGAGCUUGGAACAGCAAAAUAUUAUUCCAGAACCUCUCCACAGAAUAUUGAGACCACCCCUUCUAAAGGGGGAAAUUGCCAGGUAGAGACACUUAGAGUUCUUACUGCUAUAGGAAAGAGAAGACUCCUCUUCCCAUCCAGCACAUAUCCCAUGCCACCUGGUGACCCCCCGAACUGGCUCAGCUCAAAGGUACGUGUUUCUGUACUUCUCGGCCACUCUGAGCUUCCUCAGGGAACAGGUGCCAGCUCUGCGAGACUGCCAUGGUGAGGAGCAGUUCUGUCCUCAAGGAGUGUCAUCCUAAUCCAGUGCUUGGGCAGGAAUCUGAUGGCCUUUGGGUCUAAGACUGUGGGAGGGAGUUAUGGGGCUGCCCUCUGGGUUGGGGCCUGGAGGAGGCCAGGACGAGAGUGGUUGGCUUUGCUCCCUUGUCCAACCAGCUUGCUUGACGAUGUGGCCUUGGUAGGGAGCGAAAUUCAUGUGGCCAAGAGCCAGGAAGAGCACCCUCACCACACUCACCCCUCUCCCCUGUCUCUGCUGGCUGAGGACUGUGUUGGGGUCUUGUCUCUUGGGGGUGUUGCUGGGGUCUGAGCCAGAGCCACUUGGCCUAAAAACCACAGAUGCAAAUGGGGGAUUUUCAGUAACUCUGAUAUGGUUCCCACAGGACCAGGUCCCAGCACCAAGGCUCCAAAGACUCAGGUCUCACCAGUUCCUCCUCUCACGACUCUCACAAUGGUGCAGAGGCCAUGGGUCCUGCCAAACUUCAUUUCAAAGAUUCAACAACCAUAACCUAGAUCCACUUUAGGGCUUCCUUCUCUCCUGUACAGGACCAGAUCUCUGCCCUAACCAUUAGGCUGCUGGUCAUGGUAGGGACUGGGCAUCUCUAGCUUCUCAGUACUUUCCAGGGACCCAACUUCCUGCCACAACCUGGCUUGGACAUCAAGACCCAGUCCCGCAAUAAGUCCUCCAGAGCUGGGGCCCCACAGGCUCAGCAGUGCCCCCAGCUGUGUCCCAGCUUUUCAUAGUUGAUGACUUUUGCUUCUGUGGCUUCUACUGGCCCUGGUCUUUGAAGACCCCAGAUAGCAAGGGUGUCAUGGUGGCAACUCCCUGUCCAGUCCUGCAUGAAGCCUUGGCUGUGUGGCAUUCCCCACCCCAGAGCAACUCGCUCCACUGGCUCCCACCUCCCUGGCCCUGUCCCCAAGAGUCAUGGGAAGGAGAAGCACAACUUUUCCCCGAACUCCAGGGGCCUGCAAUGGAGGUGGAGGGCCAGUCAAGACCUGGCCAUCCUUUAUGUGUCUGUCCUGUCUGCCAACUGCACUCUCUGUAGCCCCUGCUCCCCGCAACCCCAGGACCAGAGGCACUGCCCUUUCUGUCUCCUGGACAAAGCACAAAGGGAUGCCCUGCCAGGCCUGAGCUUGCCCUACUGAGGGACUUUCUCUGCCCCAGGAAGCCUCCAGCCCUGAGGGCAAGGCUCCAGGCAGUUCCUCCCUUGGUGAGUGUCACUGGAGUGCCUGGCAUCAGUCCUGGCAAAGGAGGUCAGGGUGCACAGGCAGGUAGCUACAGUGGGAGAAAGGUGGUGGUAAAAGACUAGUUGUAUGGGUAAGGUCAUUCAUUCAUUCAUGAAUGCAGCCGUGCUGAGCACCAUCAGCCCAGGGGACACAAGAGGGAACAGGACCCCUUUCUCCUGCUGGUGGGAAAUUUGCCUCUCACAGGAUUGGCUUUUGCCAAGAAACCCCCAGGUGCCCCGCUCUAAAUUUUCCAUCUAAGUAUGUGAAGGAUGUGUGGAGUGCAUUCUAUACAGGCCCAAGGCCCUGCCAACAGGAACGCUGGGUGUCUCAUUGCACACCUGGCCCCAGGGCUGACAGACGUGUGCGCACAAGCCUUCAUGCAUGCCCUGGGAAGCGGUGGGUUUGCAGGCACCCUGCCAGCAGCUCAAUGCUAUUUGUUGCUUCUCAGGGGCAUAAGCCUUGCCACGGAGUGAGGAGCUUUUAUUUGCUGGGAUACUUUAUCCACUUUCCUGAUAACCACACAGCUAGGGCUGAAGAUGCGAUACGGAGAUGGCAGGCCUGGCUAUCCCUGCAGUGCCGAACCCUUCACUCACCCAAAGGAGCCCUCCUCCACAUCUCACACCCAGUAAGGUGCAAAGAAGAGUAUCUGAGACCGCAAACCAAGGCAGGACUGCUCCCAUAGGCGGUGGCCUCUUGUCACUGCUGUCCCCCACCUGCUGUACAGCUGGGUCCCAGCACCCAGAGGCUUGGUUUACUUGGCUUGAGUACUUCAUCAGGCUUUAUUCAGACUGCCUCCCCACAGCACUGGCAGAGAACAAAGGAGAUGCUAUGUACAUCUGGAUCCCCAGAGAGGGAGUGGGCUGCCCAGAACCACGGCUUUCUACUGGUUAGGAGAGACCACCUAAGGACCGAGGCAGCUCAUGUUCUCUUAUCUCAUGAGAGUGGAGUUUGGGCCAACCCCUCCCUCAGGAAUUGCUUCAAAAAA